AUGACGACAUCGUAUUCCAUUGAGUGGCUCUCCCAAAGCCAUCACUCCACGUCGACUGAGAUGGAGGGAGCAGCAGAAAAAAUGGCGACAACUUUGAAACGGCACAUUCCUUGCUUGGCUCAGCCUCGCCCACCAACAGCACACUGCAAAGGAUCUCUACAACCCAAAGUAAAGAGUGUUAAGAAAAGUUUUCUGCAUGAUGUGCAGGGGGGAGAAACUGAGUCAGAUUCCGUUUCAUUUCCACGUCCAUUGCUUUCAUCUUCUCCGAUUCUUUCAGAAAACAGCGGAGAGUCAUCUGGUUAUGAAAGUGAAACUGUUCCAUCAGUAGCCACCUAUGUAGACGGAGAACACGGUCGAGGUGAUGAUUCCGGUUCUCAUCGAAAAAUGCGAACAAAAUUUACAUCAGAUCAAAUUUACAAACUGGAGAACACUUUCAACAAGAACAAGUACUUGGGCACUUCCGAUAGAUUGAAAGUGGCAGCAAAACUACAUCUUUCUGAAACCCAGGUAAAAACGUGGUUCCAGAACCGAAGAAUGAAACUAAAGCGUGAGGUGCAAGAUUUGCGUCCAGACUUCUUGAGCCCCGCUCUAAUGCCUCAGAUGAUGUACCAGCCCGUUUCUUCUCUCCAGCACUUCAACUACCAAGGGCAGCAGUUUGCACUCCCCCCUCGCAGCCCAGACAACCUGGCAGCACACCAUCUCUACCCAUCCCUCAUGCAACAAAUGUCAUUCCCUCAGUCCCAACUCCACCAUCUGCUGCUGGCUUCUGUUAUUGAGGACUGCACUGCAAAAAUAUUCAGGUCUCCUUACCUACGUGCAAUAUAA